UUAUGGAGUCUGAUAUUGAUGUUCAAGUGACUGAACGACGAUCCGGUGGUUACCUUCCAACUGUUUGGGACCUGAAAUUCAUCGACUCUUUUAGCACUUCCCAUACGUAUGACAGUGACGGUGGUCGUUUGGAGGAGCUGAAGCAAGCUGCUCGGUGUUUGUUUACGUCGGUAAAUGGACCUGAUGAAAAAUUGGAUAUGAUCGACAAAAUGCAACGACUAGAUAUAUCCAAAUACUUUCACAAAGAGAUCAAUGAGUUUCUUACUCAUCUUAAUCCUAAUGCAGCAACUGAUCUUUUUACACUCGCCUUGAGAUUUCGCAUCCUCCGUCAACAUGGUUUCUUCGUUACUCCAGAUGUGUUUAAAAAGUUCAUGGAUAGCGACGGGAAGUUCAAAGAGAACCUAAGUGAAGAUGUAAGAGGGCUGCUGAGCUUGUACGAAGCUUCAUACCUAAACCUAGGACUGCAUGGAGAAGACGAUGUUCUUGAAGAGGCCAACACCUUUACCACAAAACAUCUGAAACUGGCAACGGAGAAUUUGGAGGACAAGGAUUUAGCCCAGCAAAUCAAAGAAUCACUUGAAGUUCCAUUAUAUCGGAGGUUGCCUAGAAUGGAAGCUCGAAAUUUCAUCAAUAUCUAUCAAAGAGAUGGGAACAACAGUACGGUGUUGCUGGAACUUGCUAAAUUGGACUUCAAUCUUUUGCAGUCUGUUUACCUCCAGGAGCUGAAGGAGCUUGCACAGUGGUGGGCGGGGUUGAAGAUGAAGGAAAAAGUGCCAUUUGCAAGAGAUCGGAUGGUGGAGUGUUAUUUUUGGGCAAUGGGGAGUGUUCCAGACCCAAAGUUCUACAAAUGCAGGAGAAACCUCACAAAAUAUGGAAGCUUAGCGACAGUAUUAGAUGAUGUGUAUGACAUUUAUGGAUCAAUGGAUGAGCUUAUCAAGUAUACAACUGCUGUCGAAAGGUGGGAUGUGGAAGCUAUUGAGGAUCUUCCAGAGUAUAUGAGAGUAUGCUACAAAGCCAUGCACGACCAUGUGAAUGAAAUGGUUGAGGAUGCCUUAAAUGCUCAUGGCCUUAAUAUUUUACCCUAUAUCAAGGAUCAGUGGGUGUGUUAUGUACAAUCGUUGCACACAGAAGCAGAAUGGUAUUAUGGAGGAUACAUGCCAACUUUGGAUCAACAUUUGCAAAAUUCAUGGAUCUCAAUCGGCAUUGCCGUUGGUUUGGCCUUUGUGUUCCUUGCGUUGUUGGAAGAUUCCGGCUCACUCCAUCAUUCUCAAUGGCAAUUCUUCGACCACUGGUCUGAUUCAGACUUAUUUUAUUUACCAUCCUUAAUUACUCGACUUUUGGAUGAUUUAACCACUUCCAAGGUUGAGAUGGAAAGAGGAGAGAUAACGAAUUCGAUCCAAUGUUACAUGAUUCAGGAAGGGGUGUCUGAAGAAGAAGCAUCAGAUCACAUAAAAGGAUUAAUAAAUGAUUCAUGGAAACAACUUAACAAGUUGGUGGUUGAUCCUUCUCUUCCAACUGGAUUUGCCAAAUUUGCAUUGCUCAUGACAAGAUGUGUUCAACGAAUGUAUCAAUUUGGUGAUUGGUUUGGCAUUCAGAGCACUGCAAACAGAGAUUGUGUGUCUUCUUCCUUGUUCAACCGUAUUUAGAAUCUA